AUGGAUUGUCUCGCAAUGGAAGAUAAGGCGUACAGUGUUGACAGUUCAGACGAUAUUAAUAUCGAGGAAGAGGAAGAAGAAAUUAUCGAGGAUAACCACAGCUAUCCGCCGGAUUUUCCGAUCGAAGCCCUUGUGAAGUUAGAGAGACCGUCUCCACCUUUGCCGACGCCGCCGCACACGCCGACAGACGACACACCACCCGCUGUGGUUGUAUCAAGACACCAGGCGUGGCCCGCGCCCCAAUACCCCAACUACAGAGCAAUGCAAGCCCCAUACUCCUACGACAAAGUCCCAUACAACUAUCCUACUCCUUACGUCCAACCACAAGUCGCCACCUUACCACCUUCCGCUCCAUACCACGCAAUGCUAGUCAACCAGUGGAUAAGAAACGCUGCCUUAUACCAUCACACUCUACGAUACCCGUCUAUGGCGCAGAGAAUGCCCGGAAGAAACCCUGCACCAAUGAGAGGACCAGGUGUCGCAGGAACGAGACCAAAGAAGCAAUUUAUUUGCAAAUACUGCAAUCGCCAGUUCACAAAGUCCUACAACUUGUUAAUCCACGAAAGAACACACACGGAUGAAAGGCCCUACUCGUGCGAUAUCUGCGGCAAAGCCUUCAGAAGACAAGAUCACCUUAGAGACCACAGGUACAUUCAUUCGAAAGAAAAGCCAUUCAAAUGCACGGAAUGCGGCAAAGGGUUCUGCCAGUCGCGGACGUUGGCGGUUCACAAGAUUCUGCAUAUGGAGGAGUCACCCCACAAGUGUCCCGUAUGCAACAAAAGUUUUAACCAAAGAUCGAAUUUGAAGACGCAUCUUUUAACUCAUAGUGAAGCGAACAAGCAUCACAUAGAGCACCUCGAGGGAUGUCAGGAAGUGUCAUCUACGAGUCAAGCGUCAGAGAGUCCCUUACUGGAUCUGUCUCACAAGCCAUCGCCCCCGCCCCAAGUGUACCCUAUCCAUGUGUCUGCAUCACCAGAGCAACCGAAGAGACCUCUGGGUUUUUCAAUAGAAGAUAUAAUGAAGCGCUAA